GGUCCUACUGGUACCGGGAAGACGAGAUUCGUGAGGAGAUUGCCGGGUCUCAAGGAACAAGUGACCGAGCCAGACAACGGUGGCACAUUAAAAUGCCAAGUCUACACCUGCGAGACCGGCGGAACCACGUUCAAGGUCAUUGACACCCCAGGCCUACGAGAUGAUGCGUCUGCGAAUCUUCCAGUCUUGAGGGAAAUCGCAGCCACACUGGAGCGGAACUCGCCGAAUAAAUCCGAUCCAUGGGUUACUGCCGCAUUAUACUUCCAUCGCAUCACCGACAGGCGUAUUACCGGCGCAGGCAAACUCGGCCUUGAUAUUUUCAAAGCCAUGGCUGGCGAAUGGUUUUAUUCCCGCAUAGCAUGCGUGACCACGAUGUGGGACAUCAUCAGGUCCGAA